AUGAAACAAUUUAUUCGCAAAUUCUCUUGUAUUAAUGACUCUUCGAGUUACUCUCUUCUCCAAUCCAACUCAAUCAAAUCACAACAGGCCGAAUCAGUCCAUUCAGAUCAUGUGCCAGAGGGUCAUGUGCCGGUGUAUGUGGGAGAAGAAAUGCAGCGUUUCAUCCUCAAUACAGAGUUACUCAAUCAUCCAGUUUUUGUGAACCUCCUCAAUUUAUCGGCUCAAGAAUACGGUUACAAACAGAAAGGUGUGAUUCGAAUCCCAUGUCGUGUUUCCGUGUUUGAACAAAUUCUUGAAGCAGUUCGACUCGGUCAUGACCCACAAAUUAUUCGCGACAUCCUCGAUUCCUCAUCCGAUGAGGCUUCUUAA